AUGGAACCUGACGAAAAGCUGUGGAAAUUAAAUUAUGUCGCCUAUUCAGUUUCCGUUGCUUGGCGACAUGUGAACGAUAAAUAUCUAAGAACCCCUUGGGGGCGAAAGCAAAGGCCAAGGUAUGUGAAAUGUGAAAAGGAAAAUUUUGCAGUGAGACAGCAUUUAUCAGAAGCUUCGGGCGAACACGAGGCUCUACAAAAGCAACCAAAGAUGAAGAAAAGACGCAUGAAAAGGCGGAAACAAAUCAGCGCGAAAUGUAAGACUUUUUUUGCUAAAGACCUAACAGAAUUUAUUGAAAAACUCAAACAGCAUUUCCCAAACUCAUUAAAUAUUCAUGAUGUUGUCGCCCAACCAAAACGCCUCAUUCUGGUCAGGUGGAUGAAUUGAGAAACCGAAUGAAAAACGAGUUGAAAACGAUGUGUUUGGAAACGAUUUCAAACCAGUGUGGUGUGUAAAAUGUUUCUUAAUUGCAUAUUCGUAUAGGUAAUAGCAUGAUUUGUAGUGAUAUUUGGCAUAAAUACCACGAGUGAUAUUUCAAAAUUGUUAUACGUAAUUUCACGAGCCGUUAGGCGAGUGAAAUUUGAAACAAUUUUGAAAUAUCACUAGUGGUAUUUAUGCCAAAUAUCAAGUACAAAUCAUGCUAUUAUUUGUUUAUACUACUACCCGGGAAAGGUUUGCAAUUUUCACAUGUAGGUAUUUCAAAUUAAGGUGAAAUACCACUGCUCUAAGCCAAUCAAAUUGCAGAAAUUUCUCAUGUAGUAGUAUAAAUGAAGAAAGACCAACUCAUGGAGAUGAAAACCUUCAUUCAAUCAAUGAGUUGUGACACACUUUAGAGCAACCUUUAAAUUUACUGCUAACAUUCAAUGUAACAGUAUCAGAGCAUCAAAAUAAAUAAUGGCAAGUGUCACAUAAAAAAAAACACUACUUUUGUCCGAAGCAUCGAGAGGAUUAAAAACUUUCUACCUCGAUGAAACGACGUAUUUUUCCACACACAAUCUGGUGUAACGUUUUGGCUGGAUAUCUUUCCUUUAACGGUUUGGCAACUUCUUGGAUGAACUUUGUCAGCAAUUAAUUAAGGCUUAAAGUAUCCAUUUGAACUAACGAAACUAGCUUCCAAGGACUUAACUUUUUGCAGAUCAUAAUGUUUAAAGAGAUCGCCCGGUUCAAACGUUGCAACUUUAGGAAAUCGAGCUUUUCGCCAAUCAUCAAAAAUUCCAGCGGCCCAUUUGUUUUUUAUAUCGGGUGGACUUAGGUAUAGCACUGCAUGGCCACACACGUUUCUUGUUCUCCUUCGCAAGUUUCGAGACGUCUAAGUCUGUAAUCUGCCAUCUGUAUUGCGAAGCAACAUGUUUGCUUGGAAGUCACAAAUUAAACAGCAAAGUAACAACGUGGCAUUCAGUGCAAAUGAAAUAAGAUUACACACCAGCAAGCACUAACUAAGUUCACCUUCCAUCCAUGUCUCAAAUAAAAUGUGGUUGAAAUCAAAAAACUUCUUAAAAUAGUAAUUUCUACUUAUUUUCUUUGUUGGAAAAUUAAUUUCAAACCCUCGAAAACAAUAUAACUAUGUGAAAUGUUUUCUCGCGUUUGGAAACCUAAUGAAACCCCCGCACUCGUUUUUGAAAUAGUACUUGAAAAGUCGGUCUCGAAGGAAUAAAUAACUAAAAGCUCGGCGACUUCAGCAGAAUGGGACAACGCCUACCAAAAUGACCCGGGAUCUGUGUACAAGCUCGAUUACCAAAAGCUUGACAAAAUCAAGACACCCCGCAUUUGUCACAGGAUGAACAGUCAAUUGAACAGCAGAAAGAGCAGACAUACUAUGAAAAUGUUGAUGAGGUUGAUUCGUAUUGGAGAGGAUUAUGGGAAACUGAAGCUAACGAGAAUCUUUAUGCAGAUUGGUUUAAAGAGGUCGAGGACGGUAUGGGUCAGACAGGAGGAGGAGGUCACACGAAAAGUUGACAAGGUCGACAAGGUCAUAAGAGCAAUUGACAUUGUCUAUUACUGACAGAACCAAUCCAGUUUAAGCGAGGGAUAUGCCAAGGACACACCCUCUUCCCAUUACUCCUUUAUAAUGUCGUGGAAAUUGAUAACAAUGUACAAGAGUACAAGUUGUCUAAGCCAGUAGACAUUAGCAUAUCUGACGCCUUUUUUAUUCACCACCUUAAGCUCUAUUCUAGCUCAGAGGGAAUGCAAGGGAUCAAGGUAGCGUUGACGCACCUGACGAUGGAUGGUAUGGACAUAUCGAUGGCAGCCAAGAAAACCAACGACCUGCGACGCAGGUUUGCGACCGUCAGAGGACGUGAUGAUUGAAGACCUAGGCGACAGUAGACAGGACAGCUGAAAAAGAAGAUAUCCGACGCGUCAGUGUAAUGUUAGACACGACACUGCCAUACCAGAACAAAGUAAACGCCAUCAACAUAUUUGUUUUGCCGGAACUCACGUUCUUUAUGCCAGUGCUUUACUUCUCUCACAAAGAUCUUAGUGAGGUUGAUUUUAAAAUCAAACGUCUCUUAACUGAGAGGGAAGUGAGACAUCCUCAACGCCUUAACACCUUGCUCUACGCAUCCCGUUCAGGUGGUGGCAGCGGGCUCCAGGAAAUGGCAAACAUCGAUCUACAAAGAAACCAGGAACAAGUCAGCUUUAAGAUUCACCACAUCUAA